CUCUUUUCCUCCCCCCAUCACUUUCCUUUCACCACCCAAUAAAGAAGAAAAAUCCGUCAAGCUCAGGGAAAACCGUCCUGACCUCCUUCUACAAAGCCAACUUCUGCUCAUUGCUUUGCACCCGAAAGGACGACCCCAUCUUCAUCAGAUCAAUCCGAUCUUGCUGCAGUUGUUGGUCCCAAGAAGCGACUGCUGGUUCCGGACAACAACUGGUUCUACACGCCCUACCCUGCCUAGGGUCCACGUCCUCGACGACCAUUUGCAAAGAUCGUCAGCCAACCUCACCUAUCACCGCUCCUCUCGACGAGCGACCUCACCCUUCGCCCCCUCACUAGUAACAUCUCGACGAUUCGCCAUUACGCAUCCAGAAUCGAUAUCAGUACCGCUUUGUUCCCAUCCGCCUCUCGAGUCCAAUAGGUCGAGAGACCCAGCUGACAUUUCCCUCGAUUCUUAACACCACCAAGUUGGCUUCACUCGCAGCUAACGCUACCUCCCCCACCUGUUCACUCCGAGGUCCUGGUUUCUGGGUCUACAGCGGAGUGCACAAGAAACCUCCGUAAUUGGGGUUCUCGUUGCCGGACUUAGAACCACUGGAAGCAUCAACCGAGCCCAUCGCAUCGUAGCGUAUUACCUGCUGGCUUCUCAGCACCCACGCGCCUUCUAGGGACCGGCAAAGAUCACAGCCACCCUGGAAGCUCUUUCCCGUUCAACGCACACCGCGCCGCGGCCGCGCGGAGUGCGAUUCGACUACGGUCUAUAUUGAAAGCGUAUCAGUUAUGGGUAUCGCAGUUUGAGUCAAGAGUUGCGGAGGCUUUUCAAAGAGCAAAGAGUUUGAGCUCCUCCACAUCGUUUCCUUAAACGGCUUUGUCGAAACGAUCAGAUUGGUAUCAUUGUGGAUUGUGGAUUGUGGAACCAAGGAGCAUCAUCGGCGUUCCACAAGCUACUGUCAACAUGUCGGACCAUGAGGAAAACACCUCAGAGGGCGUCUUCAAGACGCCAAUCCCCGAGCUCGACGAUCACCGUCAUCAGGUUGCGGCUAGUCUCCAUCCUGAGCGGCCCCGAAGAGGCACUUUCGACACGCUCUACGGAGCGCGAUUGUUGGGACCGGAGUCGGUGUCCGGAGAACAGUCGCCGAGCAUUCUUGUCCGCGACUUUGAGGAGGCGAUUGUGGAUGACGAGGGAGGCGAUGUUUCGCCAAGCGCGCGACGUGUCCGCCGACCAACCGUCGAGACUAUUACUGACCAGCGAUCGGUAUCUCCACCCAACUCGGUGAAAGCCUUCGCCGAAGCACGCCGUCGCGAGCGUGGCAUGUCCUUCUCCGAAUCCAAGGCGGAGAGGAACGCCAGCGAGGAGGACCUGCACCGGACUGUAUCCAUCAGCAGUCGGCGUAGCCACCGCAGCCGCCCUUAUACGGCGGACGAUGGCGCCAGCCUGGCCACCAACCAGUCCGCGGCGGAGGACGUCUGCUUUCCUCUCCAGGACCCUCGUCGCAAGGACCAACUGUACAUCGACUUCGACUACCUCGAGAACUUCAUUCAUUCCGACCGAGCUUCGCGUACCGCCAGCCGCCGUGACUCUGCACGUUCCUUCCCGGAUCUUAGACAACAGACCUCAGACGGUGGGCCGCCACAGCUGCAACUCAGCACUGUUGACGGGGAUAUUCUCAACAUGCCCUCUGACUCCUCGGUCGGACAGGAUGCAUCGGAACAGGAGAAAGAGCCCCCUGUCGAACAUGUCAAGGCCAAGCCCACGACUACUCAGCAGCCCCUGGACCCCAAUCGCUUCAGUUUCUUUUCUUCAGCUUGGGAGUCUACAAUCCACGCGGCGGAGCUUGGCGACCUAGUUCUUCCGGGCGAGGAUCUUCGAGGACUUUUUGCAUUGCCUGCCGACGAAUCCGAUGGAGUCUGGUGGCUGAACGUCAACAGCCCCACGAAGGAGGAGGUCACCGCCAUCUGCAAGGCCUUCGGCAUUCAUCCCCUAACCAUUGAGGAUAUCACGACUCAGGAAGCACGAGAGAAGAUUGAGCUGUUUCCAUCCUACUACUUUGCAAGCUUUCGAUCCUUUCACGCAGUUCAAGAAGAUGAUGGCCUGGAGUAUGAGCCGUACAACCUCUACGUGGUUGUCUUUCGUGAGGGCACUUUAAGCUUCAGCUUCGAGCCCAACGCCCACGCGUCACACGUAAGGAAGCGUAUUGCGCUGCUCAAGGACUACGUUGCGCUCAGUAGCGACUGGAUCUGCUAUGCUCUCAUUGACGACAUUGUGGAUUGCUUUGCCCCAGUCAUCCGGGACAUUGAAUUGGAGGCGGAUGCUAUCGAAGACGGUGUAUUUGUGGCGCGCGAGGAUGAUUCCAACCAGUUCCUGCGAUCUAUCGGCCGCGUGCGCAAGAACACCAUGGCUCUGAUGCGUCUCUUGGGGGGCAAGGCUGAUGUUCUCCGAGGUUUCACGAAACGUUGCAACGAGAACUACAAGGUCACGCCUCGAAUGGAUAUUGGCCUCUACCUUGGUGAUAUUCAGGACCACGUUGUCACCAUGGUCACCAACCUGGGCCACUUUGAGAAAAUCCUUUCUCGCUCCCACAGCAACUAUCUCGCCCAGCUUUCCAUCAACAGCAUCUCGCAGGGUACUCACACGAACCUAGUGCUCAGCAAGAUCACGUUCCUGGCAUCCAUUCUUGUGCCGCUCAACCUUGUCUGCGGCUUGUUUGGCAUGAAUGUUUGGGUUCCGUUCCAGGACACGAAGUCUCUUGCUCCUUUCUUCACCAUUCUCGGAAGCUUGAUCAUUUUCAGCAUUGUGAGCCUAACCCUGGCUCGCAAGUACAAGUACAUCUAGCAGCCACAUUUUGGAGGGAAGUACAGGGGAAUCUCCGUUUCACUGCUCGCGUUAUAUAUGUGGCGAGUAUGUCUCAGAUCACUGCGACGCGUUCGAACAGACAACAAGCGCAGGUAGACUAGUUAGAUAGUAAUGCUACUGCUUUUGCCUCUUUUGCCUCCUUAGAAAUCAGUUCCAAUCAUCAUGAUGAUGAUGUGAACCUGAAAUCGAUUUACCAUUUUCCAUUUUGAGAACCGCGGUUUUAGAUCCUACUAGCUUAGUCUUUGUCGUCAACAUCUGUACUCUCUUUUGGUCAAAUAAAAUAUGUGAAGAAAGUGGUU